GACCCAUCUGCAUUCUGAACACGGAGGAGACGACGGCGGACAGUGGAAUCCGGCGAACAAAUCCCUUUCCCUCCAUAAAAGUUCACCCUUAUUUUCGAAAAUCGAAAGCGUCGUUAUAUAUAUAUAUGUACAAAUAGAGGUGUAGAGGAGAAAUAUAUUCGAUUGCUAUUUCGUAAGAAGCUUGUCCAUGGCAGGUGGACAAACGGAUGGAGAAGACAAGGUAUCAUUGGAGCUCACAGAAGAAAUCAUUCAGAGCAUGGAAGUCGGAAUGGCGUUCCGUGAUUAUAAUGGUAGGAUAAGUUCAAUGGAUUUUCACAGAACGUCAAAUUAUUUGGUGACCGCUAGUGAUGACGAAUCCAUUCGGCUCUAUGAUGUGGCUAAUGCAACAUGCUUGAAGACGAUUAAUAGCAAAAAGUAUGGGGUUGACUUGGUUUCCUUCACUUCACACCCCACAACUGUUAUAUACUCCUCUAAGAAUGGAUGGGACGAAUCUCUCCGGCUUCUCUCGUUGCAUGACAAUAAGUACUUGCGCUACUUUAAAGGUCAUCAUGAUAGGGUUGUCUCCCUUAGUUUAUGUGCUCGGUCAGAAUACUUUAUCUCUGGUUCUCUUGAUAGAACUGUUCUGCUCUGGGAUCAAAGAGCUGAUAAAUGUCAGGGCCUUUUACGUGUACAAGGAAGACCAGCUACAGCUUAUGACGAUCAAGGGCUUGUCUUUGCAGUUGCUUUUGGAGGGUCCAUAAGGAUGUUUGAUUCUCGCAAUUAUGAAAAGGGUCCUUUUGAAAUAUUCUCUGUUGGUGGAGAUCUGUCUGAUGCGAAUGUUGUCAAAUUUAGUAAUGAUGGUAGACUUAUGCUUUUGACAACUAGGGAUGGCCGUAUUCAUGUACUUGAUUCAUUCCGUGGCACACUUUUAUGCACAUAUAAUGUAAAGCCAGUCCUAACUGAUUCCACUUUGGAGGCCUCUUUUAGUCCUGAGGGAAUGUUCGUUAUAUCAGGUUCAGGUGAUGGUAGUGUCUAUGCUUGGAGCAUUCGAAGUGGCAAAGAGGUGGCUAGUUGGUUGAGCACUGAAAACGAACCCCCUGUCAUAAGAUGGGCACCUGGCAGUCUAAUGUUUGUUACUGGUUCGUCUGAAUUGUCUUUUUGGAUCCCAGACUUGUCGAAACUGGCAGCAUAUGUUGGAAGGAAGUAGCAAAACGAUGAAAUGAAGUGAUCCCAGAUCAUGUGGAUGGCGUUUCUCAAAGGAUGUUUUGUGCCCUACCUGUUUUGGGUAAGUGGAGACAUUCUACUCAAUCGUCUUCAGAAGGAGGCGACGCUUAUUGCAGGUACGAUAAUCGUAUAGCUUGAAAAUUCUGGCUUUAUAUAUUUAUGUUGUACAAAACCGUGACUUAAAAUCUUGAAUGAAUCUAGUAAUGACCUUGCAUUUAGC